AAUAUAACAAAUAGCUUGAGUGUAGGCAAAUAUUUAAAAUAAAGUUAAUGACUGACCAGUUCAGUCUAAGCUGCCUGAUCUCCGGCUGCAUGUCAUCAGUUCUGCUGUCGGACGUUGGGGUGAGAGGAAGAUGAAGAGUCUGCUAGCCUUGCUGUUCUGUAUAGGAGCCUUGGUGGCCUCUACUGCUGCACAGCUGCUUUAUGAACAGCUUCCCAAACAACACAGAAGAGCCAUUGACCGCACUGUGGAGGACUUCAAUUCAAAUCAGAGAAAAGCUUUCCGUUUCUACAAACUCAUUGAUCCUGUAAAAGAAACAGAGCUGCCCUUUGACCGUUCCUAUCUUAACCUCCACUUCAUUUUGAAAGAAACAGGAUGUUUACAGAAGAGUGUAAAGAAUCUACACCAAUGUAGAUUCCUUAAUAGCAAGCCACGAAUGGACUGCGUUGGAUGCUUCAUCGCAGGAAGUGACCAUUUUGAAGAAGAAUUUAUUGAUUGUGUUCAAAGAAACCAAGUCACAGAGGAGAUACAGAAUAAAAGAGCUGAGGAAUGUGACAAGUUGCACCCAUAUCAUCUUGGUGGAAGUAUACCGUUGGCCUCAACACAAAGAGGCUGAGAGAUAAGGAGGCAGGGCUACGAGCUGAAGACUGAAUGUAAAGAAACUCUGUAAAAUGUGGUAGAGAACAAGAAUGAUACCAAUUGCAGCAUUGUGCUGUACCUGUUAUCAGAUAACUGUGCUGAUGUAUAAAUAGCAUUGCAAAAUGUACACAAAGAUGAAAAUAAACAACAAUAGCAACAACAA